UUACUUACAGGAACUGAACGUGAUCCAUCAUGAUCUCAAGGGCGCCAAUAUAAUGUUAACUUCUACGGCCCGUGUGAAGAUAAUUGAUUUUGGCCUUGCCACAAUAGGGCCCAUCAGUACAAGUAAUGCAGGAACCCGCUGUUGGAUGGCACCUGAAGUCCAUGCAUGUUUUACAAGAAGUGUACAUUAUAACUACAAGGUGGAUGUGUGGUCUUUAGGAAUCACAGCCAUAGAAAUGGCAGAAUACGAUCCUCCACACAUUAAACUCCGUGGUACUGAGCUUUCCGAAAGGAUUAUAAAUGGUCCAGCUCCAGCUCUAAAAGAGGAUAUAUGGAGUAAUAAAUUCCAGAGAUUUCUUUAUAAAUGCCUUCAGAAGGAUCCAGCCAAAAGACCAUUCGCAAAGGAACUCCUAUUAAACCGAUUCAUCACAUAUAAUCGAGAUGAAGACGAGGUGCAAUAUAGCAUAGCAGAGCAUAUACAGAAAGGAGCAAAGAAAUAAGACAUUUAAGUUAAAGAUUCUCUCGCAACACCUCAUUAAGAAGACUUUGUCAAGACUUUAGGAAGGAAAUGGAAGAACAAUAUAUAAAUCCCAAAAUGGAUUCUACCCUUGCAAGAUCUGAAAUGUGGCUCCUUCAUUAUGUUCCCAAAAGGGAAAGGAGGGAAAGGGUUGGGAACACAAUGUAGGAGCCACAGUCCAUCUACUUUGGAUACUUUACCAAAUGUUUAUUUUUAUAUAAACUAUUUAAA